CUUUGUUAUUUUCUUACUGGUUAUUGUGAAAACCUUCUCGUGCUUUACUAUACAUUCAUCAAAACCUACGAAAUUAUCAAUCAUUAUUAUCAAGUAUUAGUCUUGGUAAAGUAAUUCUACUUGAAUUAUCUCCGCAGAGUUAUUAUUGGUGGCUUAUUGUGACCCUAAGUAGGGACAUUUGUAAUCCGUGAAUUGUUGACGAUUAAUCAUUAGUUGCCGCCAUUUCAUCUUAUGAGUGGUUGCUCUAGAAGGUUUUGACGGAGGAUGUCAUCAUAGGUGAAGUCGACCGCUUUAGUCGCGAUCACAACGGCCAUUGAACUGAUAUAACCAAUCUCUGAAAUCAAGAAUGCAUUUCAUGUUUAAAAUUUUUGCGAGUCGCCAAAGCUGCUACUCUUUCGCAGGUCAGGUUGUUUGAAAAUGAAGACGAGAAGUUCUGAUGCAAGUCAAGAUUUGAAAUCAGAUAUGCCAGUGAAGGACAACAUCCAAAUCAAACAAGAGGAUGGCGAGAGUGAUAACAAUCAUGAGAGAUUGGAGAAAGAUGAUUCAUUUACUCCGAAAGGUGGAUCUCUUUGGGGUAGAGAGUUGCGGAACCGUUUUGUCUUUAGCAGUAAUGAACAUAUGCGCAGAACUAGGGGAUGCUCAUUGCAUUCCAGAUAUGCUAAACAAGGUAUAAGUUCAAGGAAACACAUUCGGAGCUGCAGAUUACCAGUGUCUUUGGAUGAGAGAGGCCGUGUGUAUGACGAUGAUGAAAUGAUAGAAGACUCGGAUGAUAUUGGAAUUUUUGAAGAUGACGAUGAUGAUAUUUUCAGUCCUCGUAAAGCUCGAGAAAGUUGUCGUCGAUCUGAGCGUCGGAGGGUAAGGCGAACUCAUGUCCACCAGCGGUCGCUGCGCUCAUCUGCAGCCACAGAGUCCUCCAGUCACUGCAUUGACCAUGGAUCCCGCGUUCUGCACCCACGGCGCAUGGAGGAGGAGGAUGAUGAGGAGGAAGACGAGGAAGAGGAAGGUGAUAGGCAUGCUCUCAAUGGCCACAGCAGCAGUGUGGAGAAGCAUCCUGAUGACAGCCAUGAAGGGGAAGGAGUUCGGCGGAGCACCCGUCAACGGAAACUACUGUAUGACAACUUCAACACCAGCUGGAUACUCGGCACCCAGACCUUACGUGGCUAUCCCAUGUUCAUGAUGGAUAAAGAUAGUGAGAAAGUUCUUCAGGAAGACCAGUCGGUUGAGCAGGAGGGUGGGGACGAGCACAAGGAAGCCUGCAAGAAGAGGAGGACCAUGUCGGAGCUUGAACAGCCAGUGGACGACGUAAGCAAGGAUCGAGCUAGUGUUCCUCGCAGCUCUUAUAGCUACGAGGAUAUGUAUACAAGAGUGAAGCGACCACGAAGAGCUGCACAGAAUGUGUUAUAUGACCAGAAAAAAAGUAAAUCAAGAUCUAGAAAUACUGUCAGUGAGGAAGAUGCCACUGAAACCCAAAGUACUUCAUCAGAUGAGAGUUUUGAAUGUGACACUGCAAGAGGGAGACGGCGUGGAAAGUAUCAUUUGCGGAAGACAAAACCCACUGUGGAUAGAUUUCAAGCCAGUGCAGACCCCCCUCGUCCAUCACGUAUUCUUCGAUCUGUGUUAUGUAAUUCUGUUCGUCGAAGGAGACAUCGCCCUACAUGUGAUGAUUCGUCCACUAGCAGUGAUGAAGAAAGAUUUGAUCGCAAGAAAACUUCAGUCAACAGAAGUGUUAAAAUAGAUCGUAAAAGGUGUAUGCCUUUGAAUUUAUAUCCAGAUGAUAUGCCUAAAGGAAAUCAAGAUGGAAAGCAAACAUUAGCAGAUACUGAUCCAAUGUCUCUUGACACGAGCAUUGGUUUUCGGCAUGUAGGGGGACUUGAGAGUCAUAUCAGAUGUUUGCAGGAAAUGGUUAUUUUUCCGAUGCUGUAUCGAGAGAUAUUCGAAAAGUACAGCGUCAAACCUCCAAAAGGUGUUCUCUUCCACGGACCACCAGGUACAGGGAAGACACUGAUUGCUAGAGCUCUGGCUAAUGAAUGCAGUCAGGGAGAUCGUAAAGUUUCAUUCUUUAUGAGAAAAGGUGCUGAUUGCCUGAGCAAAUGGGUGGGUGAAUCAGAGAGACAGCUGAGACUUCUAUUUGAACAAGCAUAUCAAAUGCGUCCGUCCAUUAUUUUCUUCGAUGAGAUAGAUGGGCUUGCUCCUGUCCGCUCUUCCAAGCAAGACCAAAUACAUGCUAGUAUUGUAUCUACUCUAUUGGCUUUAAUGGAUGGUCUUGACGAUAGAGGAGAAAUUAUUGUUAUUGGUGCUACUAAUCGCAUCGAUGCCAUAGAUCCUGCACUGCGUCGACCUGGUAGAUUUGAUAGAGAAUUGUUUUUCCCUCUUCCAGCCAAGAAAGAACGUCAAGAAAUACUUAGGAUUCAUGUUAGUAAAUGGGCACAGCCUCCAAGUGUUGGACUUUUAAAUAAUUUGGCUGAGCAGGCUGUUGGAUAUUGUGGGUCUGAUUUGCGUGCUUUAUGCUCUGAAGCAGUAAUACAAGGUCUUCGACGAAAAUACCCCCAAAUUUAUAAAUCAAGUCAGAAAUUACUACUUGAUCCCGAAGCUGUGAUGGUGGAGAAAGUUGAUUUUCAAAGAGCUCAGUGCAACAUAAUACCAGCAGCUCACAGAGUGUCUCCAACACCUGCUCGGAAACUUUCCAUUCUUAUCGAGCCAUUGCUCAAAAGUAUUUUUGAAAAGGGUGUGAAUAUGCUUAAGGAAACUUUUCCUUAUGUUAUGACUACUUCUAGGCAAAGUAUUGGACGACUUGUCCAUAGACCGCAUUUAUUAUUGGUAGGGGAAAACUCUCUUCAAGGCCAAACUACCCAUUUGGGACCAGCAUUACUCCACAAAAUGGAGCAUAUUCCUGUUCACACUCUUGAUUUUGGUACUUUAUAUGAAGUAUCAGGACGUAGCCCUGAAGAAACAUGUGUUCAGAUUUUUCAAGAAGCUCGGCGUAAUACCCCGUCCAUUAUAUAUGUUCCUGGAAUUGACCAACUCUGGACAUUAACUGACAGUACUUUGCAUGCAGUUUUUAUUUCCAAUUUACGGCGUAUGGAUCCAACAAUUCCUAUAUUGCUUUUAGCUACAUCUGAUUCUCGAUAUCAAGAGUUGAGUGAUGAAUUGCAGACUUUGUUCAGUGAGUUUAGAGGAGAGGUGUUAACAAUGCAUAAUCCUCAGCCUCAUGAACGAGAGAUGUUCUUCCGGCCAUUGCUUCUGGUGGAAACUGCUCGAAUACCUAGAAUUCAAAAGAAACAUGAGGCUCUGCCAGAGCUCCCAUUGGCUCCUCCGCCAGAACCUCCCAAACUCUCAGAAGAAGAAUUAAAGAAAGUGUAUGAUAAAGAAGAGCGGGCUCUGAGGGAGCUUCGUAUCUUUCUAAGAGAAAUUUGUUCGAAACUGGCUCGUAAUAGACAAUUUUUCAUGUUUUCCAAGCCAGUGGAUGUAAUGGAAGUUCCAGAUUAUUUAACUAUUAUUAAACAGCCAAUGGAUUUGGAGACUAUGAUGACAAAAAUUGAUCUUCACCGUUAUGCCUGUGCUAAAGAAUUUUUGGAAGAUGUUGACCUGUUGGUUCGGAAUGCAUUAGAAUAUAAUCCUGACAGGGAACCCGCUGAUAAAUUAAUUCGACAUCGAGCAUGUUCUCUUCGUGAUACAGCUUAUGCACUGAUAAAAGCAGAAAUGGACUCAGAUUUUGAAGAUCAGUGUCAAAACAUAGCGAAGGCAAGGAGUAAGAGAGCAGAAUCACCAUCGAGGUUUGCUCCUGACUUUGUUCAUACAAAACCUCCCUCACUGAAAGCAACUGAACCAGUAGAGGCUGAGGGAACUGCUGCUGGAUGCAGCCAAGAUAUCAAAGAAGGUAUUCAGUUGCUGUCUGAGAGUGGUGGAGAAAGUCAUUCAGGAAAUCGAACAGUCGUGAAAACUUUAUUGAACUCAAAAACACCUAACACUGAGCCUCGCCUACCAAAGCGUCGAUGCUCUGCAUGGGCCAGGGGUAUUCUCACAAAAUGCAGAAACUCCAAGUCCUUGAACCGACCCUCAACAGGAGGCUCUUCCCCAGGUUGUUCACCCAGGAAUGCUUUGGAGCUCAAGUCGAACAAGCAGAAUGGGGAAAACAUUCCUGAUGUUUGGUUGAACGGUACACAAGCAAAACUUGGUGUUUUGAAUAGCUCAGUGCAUUCUUUGCCAAAAGAAGGUGACAUGGUGGGUGCAGAAGAUGAUGCAAUGGAGUUGGGUGAUGAUACUGCCAGUAUUUGUGACAUAGCUAGUCAAGAUUGCUGCGACUUACCUCAAUCAUUUGAGGGUGAGAGUAGCUCUAAUACCGUAGAAAGUGAGACUGAUAAUAGAAAAGAAGUUGUGAUAAGUGUAGAAAAGCUUCACAAGCUGAUGGAGAAAACUGUGCAACUAACUAAUGGUUGCCCCGUGGAGUCCCUUAUUGAACUGUACAUGCAGUACAGAAAGUGUGUUACACAUUUUAGUAGGCUCUGGGACAGAACGUCACUACCUCAGCUAACUCAAGAUAAAUCAAGUGCUCAAGUUCUUGUAUAUACAAGUAAUUUACGCAGUAAUGUUUGUGUUCUGAAUGAUGAAAAUUGGCUAGAAGAAUAA